AUGAAUCCGGAGCGGAAUGCUGAGGAUGUUCCGGAUGACGAGGCUUCUAUCGAGGCUGCACCUCUAAUCCAUCAGGCUGAGAAUGAGACUGUUGUUCCCCCUGGGCAAGGGCAGCCUAAUCGGCGCCUCGGCCUUGUCUCUACAACUUUUCUGAUAACUAACCGGAUGAUUGGUACGGCAAUAUUCUCCGUACCAUCUGCUAUUGCACAUAGUACUGGAAGCGCUGGUGCAUCCCUAGUCGUCUGGGUGGCUGGUUAUUUCCUGGCAUUUUGUGGCUUCUUCAUAUAUCUUGAGCUGGGUAGUCUUUUACCGCACAAUGGCGGGGAGAAGAUCUACCUUGAAGCAGCCUAUCCACGUCCACCUUUAUUUGCGACCGUGAUAUUCGCGACGCAUAUUAUCUUCCUUGGCUUCACUGGCAUUGGAACUAUUGCUAUUGCAGAGAACAUACUCUUAGCCACCCAAGCAACAGCAGAUGACAGGACUAAACGCUGCAUGGCAAUCGCGUUCGUGGCAAGCGUCGCAGCGAUGCAUAUCUGUGCGAAAACCUGGAAUGUCAAACUUAUGAAUAUCCUCGCUUCGCUCAAAUUAUUUGUUCUGGCUCUUAUGGUUCUGACUGGUCUUGGGCUGGUCAUCUUUGGGUCGCCAAAUAUACCUUACCCUGGAGCUAGUUACAAGCAUCCGUUUGCCGGGUCUUCGACCGACGUCGCGGACUACACUGUCGCCCUCUUCAAAGUCCUGGCAACCUUUCAAGGUUGGUCCAACGCAAUGUAUGUCCUAGAUGAGGUGAAAGACCCUCGGCGAACUCUUAAGGUAGCAGGGUUCCUGGGAGUCGGCUCGGUAGGGGUCCUUUAUGUCCUGUUGAACGCAGCGUUCUUUGUCGCGGCCACUCCCAAGGAGCUAAGCGAGACCGGUAUUACGGUGGUUGCAUUAUUCGUUGGUAAGGUCUUUGGUCAGCACAUGCAGCGCUUCACGGCCAUACUUGCUGCUUUGUCCUCACUGGGCAAUAUCAUGACUGCGUCUUUCUCCAUGUCGCGAGUAAUCCGCAGUUUCGCACAGGAGGGCUUAUUGCCCUUUUCUCGGUUUUUUGCCAGCAGAUCCCGUUCAGGGUCUCCUGCUGGGGCGUUUGCAUUGGUGUUCUUCUCGUCAUGUGUCAUGAUCAUCGCUGUUCCUUUUGGUGAAGCCUAUAAUUUCGUCCUUGACGUAGGACAGUGGGCUGUUGCGCUGAUUCAGUUUUUCGUCGUGUGCGGCCUAUUCAUUAUCAGAAAACGGGUGACAUAUCCCCCUCGUGCCUUCAAAGUCUGGACGAGCGUGGCUUGCCUCUUUUUGGCAACGCAGGUAUUCCUUAUUGUGUCACCCUUUGUCGCCCCAGUGACUGGUCGCACCAGCAUACCUGUUUGGCUUACGCCGCUCACUGGAACCUUGUUAUUCUGUCUUGGUGGUAUGUACUGGUACAUCUGGUGGAUAUUGCUACCAAGAUUGGGGCAAUUCUCGUGGGAGAAAAGCGCGUUAAUUGGUCCUGAUGGGGAGCAUGCUGUUGCUUGGCGACGCGUUUCCAAGAACUAA